AUGGAGCUGCGAGGGCUCCGCGGGCCAAUCGGCGGCCAAGACCUGAGGGGGUUAGGGUUCGGCAUCCAAGCCAGUGGGAUUCCAGCCAGUUCCGUAAUUACGGCAGUGCAGCAGCAGGAUUACUCCGCCAGCGUCUGGCUCCGCAGAAGGGAUAAACUGGAACAUUCUCAGCAGAAGUGCAUUGUGAUCUUUGCCUUGGUGUGCUGCUUCGCCGUACUGGUGGCUUUGAUUUUUUCAGCUGUGGACGUUUGGGGCGAAGACGAGGACGGGAUCACAGAGGAGAACUGCAGCAGGAACUGCAGAGUUGUGCUGGUGGAAAACAUCCCAGAAGACAUCUCCUUCUUAGAAAAUGGUACAUCCCACAUGCCCCUCUCAGCGGGGUUGUACAACUUACUGGACCGAGCUAUCCGUGUUGUGGAGAUAGUUUCCCCGCUGUGGCUCCUCAACUCAUCAGAUUAUGAAUCCAGUUUUCAGCCUGCAGCCAGACAGGGCAAGGCUCUGCUGUCCAGGCUGCAGGGGCUCAAAGCAAAAGGAAUCCAGCUGAAGAUCUCCAGCGGGGUGUUCGACUCGACUGAGCUCAAGAUGCUCGCCAGACACAAUGCCGAGGUUCACUAUGUGAAUAUGACAGCGCUGACCAAAGGUCACCUCCUCUCCUCUUUCUGGGUGGUCGACCGGAGACACUUCUACAUCGGCAGUGCCAGCAUGGACUGGAGAUCUCUGGCCACAAGGAAGGAGCUGGGUGUGUUGGUGUACAACUGCAGCUGUUUGGCUUUGGACCUCCACAGGGUGUUCAGUCUCUACUGGGGGCUCCAGUAUAAAGACUUCAUUCCCUCUUUCUGGUCCAAGCGCCUGUUUGCCCUCUUCAACAAGGACGCACCACUGGAUCUCACUUUCAACAGCACCAAGGCUCAAGCCUACGUCUCUGCCUCCCCUGAUGUUUUCAUCCCCAAAGAUCGUAGCAAUGAUCUGGAAGCCAUUUCCAGGGUCAUCAAGGAGGCUAACCAUUUCAUAUAUAUCUCCAUCAUUGAUUACCUGCCCCUCGUCAGCAGCACCGCUGACAGGUACUGGUCUCGUAUCGACGGCCUUAUCCGGGAGGCUCUCAUUCUGAGGAAGGUGCGAGUCCGUCUGCUGAUAAGUUGCUGGGAAAAGACUCAUCCACUUACUUUCAACUUCAUCUGGUCCCUGAGGAGUCUGUGUAUGGAGCAGGCUGACUGCUCACUGGAAGCUAAGUUCUUCAACCCCAGAGUGCAGCGGGAUGGCAGUCUCCAGGGAGUAAACUACAACAGGUUCAUGGUGACGGACAGAGCCAUUUAUUUAGGGAACCUUGACUGGGUGGGGAAUGAGUUUGCCUUUAAUGCAGGAGCAGGCCUGGUGAUCAGUCAGCCAGAGGGCGUCAAGGAGAGGAACUCUACUGUGGUGGAGCAGCUACGGGCUGCAUUUGAAAGGGAUUGGUUUUCACGUUACACUCACUCCUUACAGGCUAAUAAGUUCCCUAACUGCAGCAAGCACCAGAUCAACAGUCUGGUGUCAGUCAAAACUAGCCACCUUGACAAUGGACCAGUGCCUAUCAGAACAGGCCAGCACGAUAAUGGACCUGCACCAAUGAGAAACAAUCUUAAAGACAACGGGCAGCAAUCAGUCAAAACAAGGCACCAUGACGACGGACUGGGAAAAAUUAGUGGCCAAGGCAUGACCAAUGGACUGGUGCCAAUCAUUGACAGUUACCAAGAGAAGGGACACGUCAAAGUGAGCCACAUUGACAACAGACAGCUACAAAUCAAAGGUAAUUACCACGACAAUCCAAUGGAAUCUCCCAGUCAGUCAGCGGAGAGCAGCGGCAGCAGAGAGAUCUCCAACGGUUCCCUGUGACCACAAACCAUGAUGGGUUUCUUUUCACCGAAUGACGUUUGAAGAACUGCUCUC